GUGAUUUGGUCACAAGGAUGACCGAUUGACUCUGUUAAUCGAAUAUGCUGGGAUUCAUUCUAACAGCCACUUCAUCACGCCAAGCAUAUGCCUUUUAAUAUUCUCUCUUUUUCGCUCCCAUUAAACCCACCCUCCAUUUCACGCUUUCUGCAAAUUUUCUUCAUUUUAAUUUAUUCACAAACACACAGCUGCAGAUUGAUGAAGUUCGGGAAGAGAUUGAAGCGGCAAAUUGAACAGAGUUUGCCGGAUUGGCGGGACAAAUUUUUGACAUACAAGGAAUUGAAGAAACUUGUUAGAUUGAUUUCUUCUGCUCCGAAGGCCAACAAGGAGUUUAUGUACUGCUUGAACAAUGAGAUCGAAAAAUUCAAUGCCUUCUUCAUGGAACAGGAAGAGGAUUUCAUUAUUCGCAAUAAGGAAUUGCAACAGGGGAUACAGAGAGUAACUGAUACAUGGGGCCCAAAUGGGACUAAACCAUCUGAGACAGAAUACAAAGAGGAGAUGGCAAAAAUCAGAAAAGACAUUGUCAAUUUUCAUGGAGAAAUGGUUCUGCUAAUCAAUUACAGCAACAUCAAUUACACCGGGUUGGCCAAGAUUCUGAAGAAGUACGAUAAACGAACAGGUGGAGUUUUGCGCUUGCCAUUUAUCCAAAAAGUCCUGGAACAACCAUUUUUCACGACUGAUCUCAUUUCGAAGCUCGUCAAAGAGUGUGAAACCACCAUAGAUUCAGUUUUCCCGGCUUCACAAGAACAAGGAAUACAUCCUGCUGAAAGAGAAGCAAUUACAGUUCCUGGAGAGGGGAUUUUCAGGAAUACAGUUGCAGCCCUUUUGACUAUGCAAGAAAUUAGAAGAGGCAGUUCCACUUACAGCCAUUUCUCUCUGCCACCACUCAAUAUGCCAGAACCUGAUAUAUUUCAGUCCUUGCAACUCCUUUCGCCUAUACCAAUUCCCUGAUCAUUAUUAUGAUGUAUUUUCAUAUUUACACCAGAAUUUAGUUACCACUUUGGUCACACGGUUGAGCUAAACAAUACAUGUUGCUAGUAACCUAACUAUUGUAAUAUUUUAUAAAAUUAUAAUUUAGAAUGCUUGAUCGUACCUUAAAACA